AUGGAAUUGAACCAGCAGUCCAUUCAUGAUGUCAUUCAUCCCACGGCGGCAUUCUCUACCGUGUUGCCUCACAACAACGAGGGCAAACACUCUCCGCCGCCGUCGCCCAUUCCGUGGAGUAAUUCUUGGCUAAAUCCAAAGAACCGCAUCGACAGCCUUGAUCCUCCUGCCAAUCCUCUUUGGCGCAUUGACGGCUGCACUGCUUUUGGUACUCAGAUCUAUGCACUUCCCCUCUUCCUCGAUCCCAUUCGGCCCUACCGAGUUGAUGUGUUCAUUCCAGAGCCCGCCACGCUCUCUGGAAACCUUCGCGAGGUUCUCGGACUUGAUGCCGCCUUCUACACGCGGGAGUCGUCCCGAAUUUCACAUCUUGGCAUCGUACCUCAUGUUCUCCGCAUUCUGCAGCACUGGACGUCGACUUUGGACGAGCCGUUGCAGUUAUACGAGGGCCUUCCAUUUGGAUCCAGGAUCGUCUUCCACAGCCUGUCGGAAAAUAUUGCCGACACUCGCAUCACCAUCGCUCCGACAUACUACCUAGAACGUCAGAUGCUGUCCUUGACGUCUUUGCAGACGUUUUGGAACGAUGUGGUUGAUUUUCCACCCGCCGUCGACAUUGACGACCUGGAAUAUGUGGCACAACUGCAUGAUAGUGUUUGCUCCGUCAGGUUCCAAGGAAAGAGCUUCAUAUUCAAGGCCAUCACCAGCUACACCAAAUACCUCUAUCACGAACUGAGGCAGCUGCUCAUCAUGCCGCAUCAUCCUAACAUCAUUUCGCCACCCGUUCACUUGGUCACCAAAAAAUGCAGCUUCGGCAGCAAGGUUGCCGUCGUGGGCUUCACCUUGGAGAAUCACACCCACGGCAGCCUGCGAGAUCUCAUCCCUUUCCUCCAACUACAUGGGCAGGUGUCUCUGUUUGACAAAGUAAAAUGGUCUGUCCAACUGGCUGCUGCGCUGGCACAUCUUCGCCAAAGUUCACGAAUAUUUUAUCCCGACCUGCGACUCGACAACAUCGUGCUUUCCAGGUCAUGGGAUGCCAUUAUGAUAGAUUUCGAGCAGCGCGGUGUUUGGUGCGAGUUUGCCGCCCCCGAGGUCAACGCCAUCGACUACGUGCGCCUUCUCGCCAUGGAUGACGAGAUAAAUCCGAAAAUUCGGGCCAUCUAUGCCGAUAUCAUGACGGAGAUUCUCCCUGGCUGGCAGGAGAUGACCGAGGGAGAAGAUUACACAUGGCCCACCGAAGGUUACAACAUUCCAUGGUUGUGCCUCACCGAAACUGAGCGAGAAGCUUGCGAGGUCUACAUGCUUGGACGGGUACUCUGGUGUAUAUUUGAGGCAAAGAGCGCUCCUCAGAGAGCGUCGGUUUGGCUGUCGUACCGCUGGGAGCCACUCGUUGAGUUCCCUUCAUAUACGACGACACCCCAACCUAUUAGGGAGCUCAUUGACUGGUGCACCAGGGGCCGGCAACCUGGGCUGAGCAAAUACAUUGUCCGAGAGAACGACAAGCUCGUAAUACGCAGUCUCGAGAAUACGGGCAAGUCGACAGCGCAUGAGGUGCUGGAGACGGCGCGUCACUGGUGGGCUCAAGAGAUUCAGGCUUCAGAGUCUUGGAUUAAGAAAAGGGCGGAGGGCAUGUCAAAAGGCGACUGGAACGAGAAUUACUACGAACGUCCUAGCCUUCUGGAGGUUCACCAGGCACUCAUGGUGUUUCAGACCACCAACACGGAUUGA